UGUUUUUUUUUGGCACGAGGGAAGACGAACCCUUUAUAUAUGUAUGCUGGAUCUCUAGUUGAUAUUUGAAGAGUCCAUAACCGUUUGUGUACGGAAUAGAGAACGAAGAAGAGAGGCGAAGGAGGAGUUGUUAGCCUGUGUUUAAAGAAAGUUGAUAAGUGGAACGUGUUCAGAUCGUGGAGCAAUGGCUGGUGGUGCGUGGAAUAGACGCACAUCCUUGAUCGUCUUCGGGAUCGUCUUGUUCGGGUGCUUGUUCGCAUUUUCUAUAGCCACUGAAGAAGCUACCAAGUUGGGAACAGUUAUUGGAAUAGAUCUUGGAACAACUUACUCAUGUGUUGGUGUUUACAAGAAUGGACAUGUUGAAAUUAUAGCGAAUGACCAAGGUAAUCGUAUCACCCCUUCAUGGGUUGCCUUCACUGAUGGUGAGAGGCUGAUUGGUGAGGCAGCAAAGAAUUUAGCCGCUGUUAACCCAGAGAGGACCAUCUUCGAUGUCAAAAGACUUAUUGGAAGAAAGUUUGAUGACAAAGAAGUACAAAGGGACAUGAAACUUGUUCCGUACAAGAUUGUUAACAAGGAUGGUAAACCAUAUAUCCAAGUUAAGAUUAAAGAUGGGGAGACCAAGAUCUUCAGUCCUGAGGAGAUCAGUGCAAUGAUCCUGACCAAGAUGAAGGAAACAGCUGAAGCUUACCUCGGAAAGAAAAUCAAGGAUGCAGUUGUCACUGUUCCAGCAUACUUUAACGAUGCCCAGAGGCAAGCCACUAAGGAUGCAGGUGUAAUCGCUGGACUAAAUGUGGCCAGAAUUAUUAAUGAACCAACUGCAGCAGCAAUUGCCUAUGGAUUAGAUAAGAAAGGUGGUGAAAAGAACAUCCUUGUCUUUGACCUUGGUGGUGGUACAUUUGAUGUUAGCAUCCUCACCAUUGAUAAUGGUGUUUUUGAAGUUCUUUCCACAAAUGGAGACACUCACCUGGGAGGAGAGGACUUUGACCAGAGGAUUAUGGAGUACUUCA